AUGUCGACUACAGAGACGGAAGGCGUCCAGCCGCCGGCAAAGAAGGCAAAGCGCGGCCGAUCCCAAACAGCAAACUCACCCAACGCCAGCCGCAUCCGUGAAAACCAGCGCCGCUCGCGUGCCCAACGAAAAGAACUCGUCGAAGACCUGCAGCGAAAAGUCCAAGAAUACGAGCAGCGAGGCAUUGAAGCCUCUCUGGAAAUGCAGCGUGCAGCCCGCGAUGUGGCCAUCGAAAACUCGAGGCUACGAGGCCUGCUCGCCCAACGGGGCGUCACGAACCACGAGAUCGACACACACCUGCGGUACUGCGAGGAUGGAAUCCCGUGGUACAACCCGAACCAAUACAUGGCCUCCAUCCCCUUUGCUCCCUCGCCAGCGAGAACCGAGACAAACUCGUCGUCUUCACCACUCCAUGGCAUGACACACGACCAGCCGCCCCUCGACCCUCUGUCGGUCCUGGCCAACGCUAGCACACAUCACGACUAUGUGUCCAGGGCCUUUGGCGAGCUCAACGCUGCUGCGACACCGACAAAGUACAUGGCUGCCGAGCACAACCAUGCGACCUUCCCCGCGGCUUCACCGCACGAGAUGUCCUGCAAUGCUGCCGCUCGCAUCAUUGCCGACAUGCAGGGGCAUUCGGAUGACCGUAGGGCCAGGACGGCGCUGGGCUGCGGACAGGCGAUCGAGGAUGACGAUGACCCAUCCACGACCUAA